AUGCGUGAGUUUACGGGACCCAAGUCCAAGAAUCGCAUCGACUACUGCUUGGCUAGUAUCGAGUUUUACGACAAGUUUGUUCGUUCGUCUUCUCAUCUUUUGGGUACCAAGUUUGGGGGCGCGGAUCAUGUACCAGCGGAAUUUUCUGCGUCGUCACAUUCACCAACCCCAAGUAAUUCACAACCAUUCAAGUGCCCGGCUUGGCUUCUCAAGUGCGACCAAGUUCAAGAUCAACUGUUCUGUAACCUUAAACGUUUGGCUUCAGUGUUGGAUCCAAGCAAAAAUCCUGGGUGUCUUUUGGAUGAGCACAAACGGCGCGAUCGAUUUUUCUUUGUCAAGAAUAUAUUAGGCGGAAGGAUGCUACUGCAAGUCAACUCCGGCACCUCUUCCGGCUUCACGGGAAUGCGAGAAACGUUUCUCUAUGGAUCCAAGUGA